GCUUCGCCUCGAUAGUCUCCGAGUUAGGCAAUGGCUACACUGAACGCCACUGCGCACGUUAGCACGAACCCCUUCAGAUCCUCAACCGUCUCUAUUAGAGCAAACAAGUUCCGGCCAGUGAGGAGCGCACUGUCACCCCCAAAUUGGCGGGAAAGCAGGCGAUUGGUCUCCAUCUCCCUCUCUUUCGCUCUCUCACAUUUGCUCAUCUCCCCUGACCAUGCUGUUGCUGGAGGCGUGUUCGAUAAGUACGUGAAAAGGAAGAAGCUUGACCCGCUCGAGGCUUAUGUAUCACCGGUUAUAUUGACCCAGUUACAAAUCAAGGACUUGGAGAAAACUCUGGAAAAUGAUCAGCCGCAGUUUGCUACCUGUCGGUCUCUACUGCGCUCCGGCCCUGCAGCGUCUCUUCGUGUUAAUAUUAGAGCUGUGGCACAAUAUGCUUCAGACAGUGGCGAUGGGAAAAUUGCCUCUACCAGUGUCGAUCAAUGUCUCAGGGCCUUGGAGGAACUAGAUAACUUGCUUUUACGCGCCACAAGAAAUGACCCAGGAGCUUCAGUCAAUUCAAUGAAGACACAGACCAAUACUGCCCUCAAUGCAUUGGACAGCCUCCUCAAAACUGUGCCUUCAGAUGUGCUAGACAAGGGGAAGGUCGCGGCCAAUUCUUAUAGGAUGUCAUUAGAGAAUGCAGAUGUUGAUAUUUCAGACCCAGAACUGAAGGAAUUGCAAUCCAUAUUAUGAAUUCAUCCCCUAUCAAAUUCUCCAGACAGAACAUGGAUGCAUUGUAAACUUCCAUUUUUUUCUUUUUUCAUCAACACAUACAAUCAAGUAUCUAGUACAAGAGUUGCCUUCCAAACCCAACGAGUAGGGGAAUGGAGUGUUCAUGUUAUAUCUCUCGGUUCAUUUCAUUACAUCUACAAC